AAAUUUCAAUCCCCAAUGGCUUCCUCCACCGAGAAACGCAAAAUUCUCGAACAAUAUGAACACGAAGCAGCGAAGAAAACAAAGGUUCUCGUAGAAGAUGAUCACGAAGCAGCGAAGGAAUCAAAGCCUACAGAGCGCGUGGUGCUCAACCCUGCUGACUGCAACUUAGAUUUCAAUAUUGAAGGCAAUGGUCUCCAAGGAUCUGCACUUUAUGAACAGGGGUUUUCUUAUUGCUGGUCUGGUGCUCGUGCAAAUGUUGGAAUAACUCGAGGGAGAUACUGUUUUGGUUGCAAAAUUAUUUCAGUGCAGCCAGUUGAUAUGGAGGACACUGCCCCUGACCAGCAUCACGUUUGCCGUGUAGGCAUUUCUAGAGGGGAUGAUAAUGUGGGGAACCUCGGGGAAACUGAACACAGCUUCGGGUUUGGGGGCCUAGGAAAAUUUUCUAGUGCAAGGAAAUUUAUAGAUUAUGGUGAAAAGUUUGGGAUUGGAGAUACGAUUGUGUGUGCUGUUAAUCUUGAAGACAAACCAUUGGCUUGCAUUGGUUUCUCCAAGAAUGGCAAAUGGUUGGGCAUUGCAAGGCAAUUUAAUGCUGGUCCAAAGGGUCUAGGAGUGGUGGACUCUCCAACGAGAAAGUUACAGUGGGAAUCAGCACUUUUUCCCCAUAUUUUGUUGAAAAAUGUUGUAGUAGAGUUGCAAUUUAGUGUUGAAGAGGGACUCAUUCCUGAAGAAGGUUACAAACCUUGGGCUUCUGCUCUUGAGGAUGGAAAUGCAAUGAUGGGCCCUACUUUCUCUAAGCCAAGUGAUUGUGAACUGAUGAUGAUGGUUGGAUUACCAGCUUCAGGCAAGACUACAUGGGCAGAAAAAUGGGUGAAGGAGCACCCUGAGAAGCGUUAUGUUUUGCUUGGGACAAACCUUAUUUUGGAUCAAAUGAAGGUGCCAGGGUUAACACGUAAGCAAAAUUAUGGGGAACGAUUUGAUCGCCUAAUGGAUCGAGCUACUGCUAUUUUUAAUACCCUUUUACCUCGAGCAGCCAAAACACCUCGCAACUACAUAAUUGAUCAAACAAAUGUCUACAAGAAUGCACGUAAACGUAAACUGAAACCAUUUGCAUACUUUCAGAAGAUAGCUGUUGUGGUGUUUCCCAAGCCUGAAGAGCUUAAAUCUCGUGCUGAUAAAAGAUUCAAAGAAAUGGGAAAAGAGGUACCAGCUGAUGCAGUUAAUGAGAUGUUAGCCAAUUUUGUUUUGCCCGGGAGAAAGGAUAUGCCUGGUUCAGAUGAGUAUUUUGAUCAGGUUAUCUUUGUGGAACUCAAUCAAGCAGAGUCUCAAAGACAUUUGGAUGAGAUGAAGAAUGCUCUUGCAUCUGCACCCAACUUGAACUCUAAUAACUCUACACCUUAUUCUCGGGAAGGUUCCAUCCAGCCAUAUACUGGGUUUACGCCACAGCAUCAAGGAUCUUUGGCAGCUACUGGAGGACAUUGGCAAAGCACUUAUGCACCUCCCCCUCCAUAUAAUUAUCAAGGGCCCAACCAAGUGAGUACGGCAUAUCAAGGGGCUAAACUACAAGGACGUACAGGAUCGUAUGCUGAAGCAUAUCAAGGCAAUCAAUAUCCUCCUGUAGCUAUUGUAGCUCCUCCUCCUGGAACCUAUUCAAGCUAUGAGAGUUCGAUUCCUAGAGAUAAUACUGGUUAUUCUGGGAGUUAUGGUGGUACUCCAAGUAGUGGGACUGCCCCUAACUGGGGUUAUGGAAUGGGUGGUCCCCCCUACAGCAGACCUAAAAUUGAAGCCAUGAAUGCCAUUCCUGGCAGUGCCACUGACCCCUACAGGAGAAGUAUGGUUGAACCCCCUCCAUUUGGAAGUGCAAGUACGACGCCAUUAUCACACAGCAGUCAUGGUGGACAUUUUAGCAACAUUGGAGGCCCUGGAGCUGUUCUGCAGGCACCAAGAGCACCCUCGUAUUUGCCUAGACCUCCCCCAGUGACAUAUGGUUCACCUUAUGGAACUCCAACUCCAAGACCUCCAUAUGGAAGUAAUCCCACUGAUGGGCAGUAUACUGGAGGAUAUGCCCCUCCUCAUCCAAAAUACUACUAACUUCUGUAUAGAUUUGCUGGAUGUUCGCUAAAGACAUGAUGUUUGGGCCAUCCAUCAAAGUUGAACGAAUAGAUAUGUCAGUUUCGAGACAUGGCCAAAUCUGACACAAAGCUUUAUGACUUACAACUGAAGGCAUGCCUUUUGACUCUGAUUGGUAGAUAAUACUAGCAUGACACCCUUUUUUUUUUUACAUAAAACGUUAGAAGAUGUAAAUAAAAAAAAAAGAAAAAAGAAAAGAAAAGAAAACCUCAAUAUUGAACCCUGGGGAUGAUGGUCACUUUGAAUAUCUUGUUCCCAUCUUGAUUUGCUAUGUUCUUUAUUUUUGCAUUCGGAUGGUGUGAUGUCAAUCACUACUAGGGUUCAUAAUGGUUUUGUAGAGUUGAGGAGGUUUGUUGGUGAUAUCAGCAUACAAUAUGACAACUUCAGAUAUAA